GGACUCAAGCUUCUUUUCGGGUGAGAUGAGAAUUCAAAUAACGUAGUUUGUGCUGCUAUUUAUUAUUUAUACGUAUCGUGACUCGUUAGUUAGAUGUAGAGACAUGCUGAUGCAUUGAUAAUCUACGGCGUCACACGCAAUGCAACUGUAUAGGGAGUCGCUUGUUUUGGCAAGCUCGGUUUUGACCGAGGUCUGUACCCUCAACGUUUGUCCACCGCCGCCGCAGAGGCAGUAGAAGGCCUUGAAGGCCUUGUCCUUGCCCUGUACACGGUCUAUCUUUCUUCUGCAUCAUAACCUUUCAUACAUCUCUCAUGUCUUCCCAUAACUCUGGCACGGCGAAUGUAGUCGGGGCGCAUUACCGUGUUGGCAAGAAAAUCGGGGAAGGCUCAUUCGGUGUUAUCUUCGAAGGAACGAACCUGCUAAACUCUACGACUGUCGCCAUCAAGUUUGAGCCACGCAAAGCAGAGGCACCUCAGCUCCGAGAUGAAUGUCGUUCAUACCGUAUUCUGGCUGGCUGCACUGGUAUUCCUCAAAUAUAUCACUUUGGGCAGGAGGGCCUCCACAACAUUUUGGUGAUUGAUCUUUUGGGCCCGAGCCUGGAGGAUCUAUUUGAUAUGUGCGGCCGCAAGUUUUCUAUCAAGACGGUGUGCAUGGCAGCCCGACAAAUGUUGUCCCGGGUACAAACUAUCCAUGACAAAAACCUCAUUUACCGUGACAUCAAGCCUGACAACUUCCUCAUUGGGCGCCCUGGCACGAAGGCGGCCAAUCUCAUUCAUGUCGUUGACUUUGGAAUGGCUAAACAAUACCGCGAUCCUAAAACCAAGCAGCACAUUCCUUACCGGGAACGGAAAAGUCUGAGUGGCACGGCGCGAUACAUGAGCAUCAAUACUCAUUUGGGGCGAGAGCAAUCUCGGAGAGACGAUCUAGAAGCGCUUGGGCAUGUCUUCAUGUACUUCUUGCGGGGAAGCCUACCUUGGCAAGGGCUAAAGGCUGCCACCAACAAGCAAAAGUACGAAAAGAUUGGAGAAAAGAAGCAGACGACACCCAUCAAGGAUUUAUGUGAGGGAUAUCCAGAGGAAUUCGGUAUCUACUUGAACUAUGUUCGAAAGCUUGGAUUUGAGGAGACUCCGGACUAUGAUUUCUUGAGGGACCUCUUUUCCAAAGUCAUGAAGAAUAACAACGACCUAGACGAUGGCAUUUUUGACUGGAACUUAUUGAAUGGUACAACUUUCAUUGCGUCUGGUAAUCUCCUUAUUGAUCUUUUGUCAAAUUAUACAGGUGGUAAAGGUUGGGAGGCUUCGCAAGGGCAAUCGCAAGUACUUGCUCAAAUACAGAAUGCGGCCGUAACACCUGCGCCGCAAGACCGUCGAAAAGAUAUGGAACGACGUCGGGAUACAGAUUGGCGCCGCACAUCUCAGACUGGUGGAGUCAACCCGCCUUCACCAGCGCUCGUUAGGCACGGCUCGAAGCGCAGAGUCCCUAAUGUGCUUACCCCUGGAGCAGGAAAUGCACCUGGUGGCACUGCUACCCCUCUCUCUGCUGCUGCUCAGAUUAACGUUCCAAUCUCGACACCACAAAACAGAUCUAAUAAUGUCGGUGCGCAGCAACAUCCUUACGCGAAUGCGGCUACUGGUGAAUAUGGCUGGGACGCAGGUGAGGAACCAUACGGAUCUCAAGCUGCAUACGGACGUGCAUCUCCUAUGGUGUCAACUGUUGGGGCUGCUCCACCCGCAAUAAGUACAGUGCGUGCCCACGGCAAUGAAGCAGGUGUUUCUCGCGGCGAGGACUACCGCCAGCAACAGGAUGACGACCCUCCCCAACCAAAGUCGAGUAUCUGGAGAAUCCUCACAUGCCGGUGCGGUUGAUUGUCGCCAACUUCUGGUUCUUCCCCUAUUUCUGUUCCAUGCUAUGAUCAACGUAACUCCAUCCAUCGUCAGUCAUUACUUUCGACGCUUUGAUAUACCCAUUCAUUACUUGCACCUAAUAUCCACUUUCUCGGUUUAUGUUUGGACGCCUGCCGUAGCUUUGAUCAAAUGAUCAAAUCUUGCUUUUGACUAUCUUUGUACGGGUUCACAGACUACCAGGAGUGUGUAAGUAAAUUGGUGACGGAAGUGGUCUGCAGGAGUAAUUAUGCUUU